UUCAAAAUAUGUGCAAUUUAGAACUUUGAAUUUUAAUUGAAGAAUGAAUUGUAUGAAUGUUGUUAAUAAUGUUGCCUAGUGAAACACAUAUUAAGAAGAUAUUCACUUCCCCUUACAAGUGAUAUAUUUAAUUAUACGAGUCAGAAAUGUUAUUUAAUGAGGCCCCGUACAAAUUUGAAGUCAUCUAUAACUUUUACUUAAAAUUUGUGUCGGAAAUAUUAGUUUACAUUAGAAAUUUCAUACUGUACAUUGGCGUUUGGUUGAUAGGAUAUUUAUGCGUGUGCUGUGUGGUUUACCGCCGUUACGCGAGGAAGUUGCCAACCCGAAUUCGUGGAGCUCUUGGUGCUAAGAGAGUGCUAUUGGUGAUCGCCCAUCCGGACGACGAGUGCAUGUUUUUCGGCCCCACGAUCUUCAGAUUGUGUGAGCAAGGCGCUGAAGUGUAUAUACUUUGUUUAUCCAACGGUAAUUUUGAAGGAAAGGGAAGUCAGAGAAGAAAAGAGCUAUGGGAAGCAUGCCAACAUCUUGGAGUUCCCGAUACAAAUAUUUGCCUCAUUACAGACUCAAGAUUACUGGACAGUCCAAAAGCACAAUGGCCUGUUCCAGUUAUAGCAAAACUUAUAGAGCACAGAUUGGAAGCUUUUGACAUUGAUACACUUGUCACCUUUGAUAGAGGUGGGAUCUCUUCACAUCCUAACCACUCUGCAGUAUUUUAUGCAGUUGCUUAUAUGUUUGUUGAAAAGAAUAUGCCUCAAAAGUGCUCAGUAUACACGCUGGAUUCUGUAAAUAUACUAAGAAAGUAUUUGGGGUUUUUAGACUUGCCACUAAGUUUUGUACUGUCUUCCAAAAGGUAUUUCCUUCGUUGGACGGAAAGUCGUCGAGUGACGCGCGCUAUGAAACGCCACAAGAGUCAAAUGGUGUGGUUUAGGUAUUUAUAUAUAAUGUUUUCCAGGUACAUGGUUAUUAAUACUCUUAGAAAAAUCAAUCUUGCCGAUAUUGAACUAGAAUUAGAGGUUGAUGACUAAUGAUUAUGAAUAUUACAACACACAUUGAAGCAAUGUGGUAGAUGCCAGCUCUAUAUCUGAAUAGAAGCUCUCUCACAGAAGUUGCCUGAGCCCUACAGUGGGAUAUUAAUUAGGCUGUUUGUUGAUUACGACUUGGUCGUUUAAUGACAUUUUUUUGUUGUUAAGUGUGUCAGAUUUUCCCCUCCAACUAAGUCUGAAGUUUUUUGCUAAAAGUGGGAAUGCCAAUAAUUUAAUAUGUGAGAUGAAAACCUGCAACCUUCUGGUUUUACUCAACCUCCUAACUAUUAACUAAUUACUAUCGAGGCGUAAUUUAGUUGUAUUGCGGUUAUAUACAAAUCCUAAUUUGAUAGGAUUUAAAUUCACUGCCAGAAAGGCUUUAAAAAAAAAAAUGUUUUUGUCAGUAGAUACAAAAUAAUUAAAAAAGAGUACCUAUUUGAAUAUUUUUAUCGGUUUCGUUAAACGAUCGCAAUUGAUUGACACCGCCGCCGCACCGCGCCGCUGAUACUCAAUAUGGGAUAUUUCGUAUGCACCAAACUGUUGAUUUAGUUUUUUUACCAACGAAUAGAAGAUAUUGGACGGAUUAACUGGGGUCACUGUUAGACGACGAAAAAAAGUCACUGUAUGAAAUAAAUUAUUUGACUUGAUUAUUCAUUCUUAACACUAGUUUAUAUUGCUAUCUCAGUGCUUAUAUAGCGAGAUUUUGAGACCUAAAGCGCCUGUUCACUGUAGUUCUACUAAGUUAACAUACUGGAUACAUUACUGGGUAUGUUUUUAAAACCCACCAACACAAAAUAUAUUCUCAGGUCACAUGGGGGAGGCGAUGCAAUCGUGUUUUUAUUAUUUUUACUGUUUUACAAUUUUCCAAAAAUCUAGUAGGUCAUUAUGAUACGAUAUACAUAAAUACUCUACCGCAUUGAUUUUUUCAAGCAUCUCAAAUAAAUUAACAUCAUUUAGUGCAUUGAAAUUUAAAAAAAAAACCAAAAAGCAGUUCCAUAUUUUUAAUAUCAUACUGAUAACAACAUUUAACAUCUAAGCUACUACCUACUUAGUUAUUUAUAUAUUUUCUUUUUGUUAUUAGCUAUUAUUAAUGCACUUAAAUAAUAGCUAACAUUAAAAAUCUUUGCCUAGUUGAUCUAGUGGUUAGCCUUUUUUAAUUACGAAUCACGAGGAUCUGGGUUCGAAUCAAAAGCAAGCCAAAAACUUAUUAGAUUAGGGGUUUUCUUUUAAAGAAUUCUCAGUACAAGCACAUAAAUUUGAGAAUUUUCAACUAGUCAUAAUAAUCGUUAAAGCCCACCAACCCACAUCGGAACAGCGUGGUGGGUCCAUGUUCUAUAACCCUCCGUGCUAUGAGAUAAGAGGCCUUUGCCUAACAGUGGAACGUUCAUGGGGGUUGUAUGUAGUGUAAGUAUUUAUGCAAAUAUAAAAGUGCUAGGACUAGUAAUCCUGUCAAACGCUUUAUUAGUGCAGUUUAGUGUUCAACUAAAGUACACUUGUAAAAAAAUAUAAGUUAAGUCUUAUAUGUUGCGCAAAUAUAAAUGUAUGCGUGUGAACAUUUUCUCAUGUUGCACAUGAGACCUCACUUGUAAGAUGUUGAUGAUUUGUAACUGAGUGGCCGUUAAAAAAUCCUUCAGCUGCUUUUAAUUAUUGUAGGUCUGUGUAUUCCUUUUACAAAGAACCUGUAUCCAAACAACCAGAGCAGAGUUAAAGGCACAUAUAGAAAAAGAAAAUGAA